AUGGACGAGGAGGAUGACUGCCCAGAGUUGGUCCCCAUAUCAGGAAAGCCCUCACCUGGCAUGCAGAUACCUGUGACCAUCAUCACUGGCUACCUCGGUGUUGGGAAGACAACGCUGUUGAAUUACAUUUUAACGGAGCAACACAAUAAGAGAAUCGCUGUCAUACUCAAUGAAUUUGGAGAAGGCAGCGCUCUGGAGAAGUCUCGAGCUGUGAGCCAUGCAGGAGAGCUGUAUGAGAAAUGGCUGGAGCUCAGGAACGGCUGCCUCUGCUGCUCCGUCAAAGACAAUGGUAUUGUCACAGUCAUCCACGCAACAUACGGAAUACAGCAUCCGGCAGAGGAUAAACCAGAGGGACUGGUCAAUGAAGCAGCCAGGCAGAUAGCCCUUGCAGACUCGACCAUCAUCAAUAAGACUGACCUGGUGACUGGAGAGGAGCUCAACCACCUUAGAGACAACAAGUCUCUAAAUGGCCUGGUCAAGAUUCUGGAAAGGGAGAAACCUGGACAUAGAGAUCCUACAGGAACAGUUCAUCUCAACAGUACUAAAGGUGGGGGACAGGAACUAAACAAGAACUCCCCCCUCUCUCUCCUCACGGUGAACUAUUCCAGUUUAUUCUUGAUACACUUCACAUUUGGACCUACCUACUGCAAUUGUGUUAAUCCUCAUAAUUCUGGUGUUCCACUUCAGUCCAGGAGGACCUCAAAACGUUAUGGUAUUUACUGUUAAUGAUGACUACAUGCCAAAUCUGAUAAGCAUCUUAUUGUCUACAAUACAGUAAGGUUUUGCGGAGGACCAAUUGUUGAGACUUGGUGUAAUUGGGCCCCUUGCUCAGGGGCCAGAUGCUAUGAGGAAACAUUAGAUUAGUGUGUGAAUGGACUUAAUCCAUAAUCAACCAUGUUGGCUAUCUCAUUACCCAGUGAUACACCCGACCCUCAAUCAAGAUAAAGCGACAACGUGAGAAUAGAGAUGUGAUUAGUGCCCUUACUGUCAUUUUCUCUGUAAAUGAUUUGAAACUUUGGAAAACCUUGACAAUACACCCCUAACAACGAGUACCUUAUUAAUUGAAGUUUGAGUGUAUUCCUCAAUAGCUCGGCUGUUUUUAGGUCUGUGAGUUGUUGGUGAAGUUAAGGUUUUGUACAGACUUUUAUCACAUCUCAAAAGUGGUGCAACACAAAAUUAGGCUGGUCUGUAAAUGUCCACGCGCUUGACUAUU